AUGUCAACCGUCCAAGACCCCAACCAGCUUCCCUGGAACCCGGACUCGACCCAGUUCCCGUCUCGCAAAGAAUUACCCAAGCUCCCUGGUGCGCCGGAAGAUGCAGCUUGGGUCUGGGGGAAGGAGGAUGGGAUUGGACGAUUGAACUUGUUGACACCGACUCGUGUCAAAGCUGCGGCUCAGGAGAUCAAAACUGGUGAAAUCAUUCGACUGGAUCUUCCCCUGGACGUCCCUAAGACACCGGCAUUCGGACGAGAAGUUUUCCAGCAUAACAUCAAGGAACUUGUCCCUGGGAUUGCCUAUGAUGAUACAUAUAACCUGAACACGCAGAGUGGCACGCAGUGGGACGGAUUCCGUCACUUUGGUCACAUCGACUCUGGUUGCUUCUACAACGGGGCAAAACACUCCGACAUCUACGGCGAUGACGCCAACCUCAAAUGCAGCAUCCACCACUGGUCCACCCACGGCAUCGCUGGCCGCGCUAUCCUCCUCGACUACCGCCACUACGCCAACACCAACAACAUCUCCUAUGACCCCUACACGCCCCACCCAAUCACAUUCGCCGACCUCAACGCCUGCGCUAAAUCUCAAAGCCUCGACAUCCGCCCCGAGUCCCAAGGCGGCUCCAUCAAGCCCGGCGACAUUCUCAUGGUCCGCACGGGCUUCAUCGAGCGCUACAACCAGCUCACUCCCGAAGCGCGCACGGAGGGCGCAAAGCGCACGCAAUUUGCUGGCGUGGCACAGGAGGAAGCCAUCCUGGAUUGGUUACACGAUUCUUAUUUUGCGGCGUUGGUGGGUGAUUCGCCGACGUUCGAGUGCUGGCCACCGAAGAAGGAGAAUGGGUAUAUUCAUCAGCAGAUUCUGGCGCUGUGGGGGAUGCCGUUGGGGGAGAUGUGGAAUCUGGAGAAGUUGAGUGGGCGAUGUCGCGAGUUGGGCAAGUGGACUUUUUUUGUGACGAGUGCGCCGGCAAAUGUGGCGGGGGGUGUUGGGUCGCAUGCUAAUGCGACCGCUGUUUUGUAA